CAAGUGUUACAAAACUCCAACUUUUUAUUUCGACAAACAAAUUUUAGGAUUUUAAGAUAACGUAUGCUAGUCUGCAAUAAUCUAAUACCACAUACUCAAAAUAAAAUAUGGCAGACAUCACAAGUCAAGAAAUGGUAGACGAAGGAGCCGAGAAACGGAAACUGAUGAUAUUUGGCAGAAAUGUUGCAGAGAUACCAUGUUUUAGAAAGGCAUUCUUAACAGGAAUAACUAGCGGGAUAGCUUCUUCCUUAGUUUAUUUUGUAUUUACCAGUAAUACAAAGAAAGCAACCAAAGUUGGAUUGUUCACCUUCCCCAUUGUGACUAUGGCAACAUUCACUGUCUGUAGAUAUAAUCUCGCAGUACUGAGGAUGGAGCAUCGGAAGUUGAAAAACGCAAUCGAACAUACUCGACAAACAGUUAAAGCUACAGACGUUCAGAUUCAACAGACUGCUGAUAUAAACAAUACUGAAACAAAUACAUACAAUGAUAACAAACAUGAGGAUCCAUCUUGAUAGUGAUUUUGCAUUGGAAGUUAUUUUAUUUAACUUAAUAAACGCCUUGGUGGAGUGAAAUACAACAUGGAGCAUUGAAAGU